AAGUUACACAUUGUGUGAGAAGGAAAUGGCAGAAAAAAACACAACCCUUUGUCAAGAAAACAUUUGAGCCACAUUCAAUAAUUCAGAUGGGAUAAGGGUUCAAGAAAUUGUUUCCACAAAAAAAAAAAAAAGGAAUUUUGUUUGUGAUACCUCAGUUACUUACCUUCAUCUCUCUAUCAUAACUCAUAGCAGCCAUGGAGUCGAGUUCAGAUGCUACCCAGAGAAUUGCAAGAAUUUCAGCUCAUCUCAACCCUCCAAAUUUUCAGAUGGAGGGAAAUUCUGUUCUGAAGAGAACUGAUUGCCGGGCGAAAGGUGGGGCACCUGGGUUCAAGGUGGCUAUCUUGGGUGCUGCUGGAGGCAUUGGCCAACCUCUUGCAUUGCUUAUGAAGAUGAACCCAUUAGUCUCAGUUCUUCAUCUCUAUGACGUUGUGAAUGCCCCUGGUGUCACUGCUGAUAUUAGCCACAUGGACACUGGUGCUGUGGUUCGCGGUUUCCUAGGACAGCCACAGCUUGCAAAUGCACUGACAGGUAUGGACCUUGUAAUCAUACCUGCUGGUGUGCCAAGGAAGCCUGGAAUGACUAGGGAUGAUCUUUUCAAUAUUAAUGCUGGGAUUGUCAGGACUCUCUGUGAAGGAAUUGCCAAUUGCUGUCCCAAAGCAGUGGUGAAUUUGAUCAGUAAUCCUGUUAAUUCCACAGUACCGAUUGCAGCUGAGGUUUUCAAGAAAGCUGGAACUUAUGACCCAAAGAGACUUCUAGGAGUUACAAUGCUUGAUGUUGUGAGAGCAAACACUUUUGUGGCAGAAGUUCUGGGACUUGAUCCUAGGGAAGUUGAUGUUCCAGUUGUUGGAGGUCAUGCAGGAGUUACAAUUUUACCUCUUUUGUCACAGGUUAAGCCUCCCUCCAGCUUCACCCCAGAAGAAAUCGAAUAUCUAACAAAACGAAUUCAAGAUGGUGGAACAGAAGUUGUUCAGGCAAAAGCUGGGGCUGGCUCUGCAACACUGUCAAUGGCAUAUGCAGCUGCAAAAUUUGCUGACGCUUGCCUUCGAGGCUUGAGAGGAGAUGCUGGCAUUGUGGAAUGCUCAUUUGUAGCUUCUGAGGUGACAGAGCUUCCUUUCUUCGCAUCCAAGGUGCGACUUGGUCGUAAUGGAGCUGAGGAAAUUUAUCAACUUGGCCCUCUGAACGAGUAUGAGAGAAUUGGCUUAGAAAAGGCGAAGAAAGAGUUGGAAUCAAGCAUUCAGAAGGGAACUUCCUUCAUCAGGAAAUAGUUUCAUGUUUACGAAAAGCUUAUUAUCGUGUAAAUUUGUCGAGUUCGUUAUAGGAAAUCCUCUUGUAUGUAGACCUUUUCACGGUUAAUCCUCCGAAUAAAUUUUAGCUGAUAAACAUGUUUUUCAGCUUAAGCAGAGGGGAGUCUGUAGUUGGUGGAAUUAUUCAGACAUGAACAUUUUCUUUUACUAGUUAAUUAGCUUUUUUUUAUAAAAAAAAAAAAAAAAAAAAAAAUU